AGGGAGGGGGAGAGGGGGGAGAGGGCGGGGGGGGGAAAAAGAGAACGGGGCUACACUAAAGGAAGUUUUUCGUUUGCUUCAAUCCAGCGUCGAUUAUUACAGGCGUCCGUCAUGAUCUAAUUUACUGGUUCUGUUGUUUUUCCCUGCGGAAACAUGACGAGCAGCGGAGAGGAAGAACGGAACAGGGAAGCUGGAGGCGGAGGCAGCAGCUCCGCUGGUGGUGGUUCUCCCAGUCCCAAUCUCGAAUGGAGGUUCAAUCAGACACUUAGAAGCGUGCAAGGGUUGCUAAAAGGUCGUAGCUUUCCUGGUAAAGUUUUAGUAACACGCAAAUCAGAGACCAUGAAUGAAAGCCUCUCACCAAGACCUCCAGAGCAUGAAAAAAGUUCUGCUGAGAAUUACUUUCAGAAAGGUGAACAUGUGCCCCAUUCUUUUGAGAGAGAAGGUGUGCGUUCUGGAAGCUCUGGAGGUGGUAGCGUCCUUCCCAUUGCAAAACUACCAUCAGUGGAUAAUGAGAAAGGUGCCACCAUGGAUACCCAGAAAUCUUCUUUGGGUGCCAGAGCUACAGAUUCUGCAAGAGUUGCUAAAUUUACAAAGGAGAUGUCUAAACCAUCUGUAAUACUAGAGAAGUUACGUGAAUUAGCAUGGAGUGGUGUACCACCUUACAUGCGACCUCAUGUUUGGAGACUGCUUCUGGGAUAUGCACCACCUAAUUCAGAUAGAAGACAGGGGGUUUUGUCAAGGAAACGACUGGAAUACCUUGAUUCAGUUGCUCAGUUCUAUGACAUUCCUGAUUCAGAACGUUCAGAUGAUGAAAUCAGCAUGCUUCGCCAGAUUGCUGUUGAUUGUCCAAGAACUGUUCCUGAUGUAACCUUCUUCCAGCAUGAACAAGUUCAGAAGUCAUUGGAGCGUAUUCUUUAUACAUGGGCUAUCCGCCAUCCAGCAAGUGGAUAUGUCCAAGGAAUCAACGACCUUGUCACUCCAUUUUUAGUAGUAUUCUUGGAAGAGCAUCUUGAUGGAAAUAUGGAGAGUUGGGACAUUUCACAUCUUUCUCCACAAACAAUCUCCAAUAUUGAAGCCGACUGUUAUUGGUGUCUUUCUAAGCUGCUUGAUGGCAUGCAGGACCAUUACACAUUUGCUCAGCCGGGAAUACAACGUCUUGUCUUUAAGUUGAAAGAACUUGUUCGUCGAAUUGAUGAACCUGUUUCAAGACACAUGGAUGAACAAGGACUCGAGUUUCUUCAGUUUGCUUUUCGUUGGUUCAAUUGUCUCUUGAUACGAGAGAUCCCUUUUCAUCUCGUUACACGACUGUGGGAUACAUACCUGGCCGAAGGAGAUUCAUUACCGGAGUUUCUUGUGUAUAUAUCUGCCAGUUUUCUCUUAACGUGGUCAGAUAAGCUCCAAAAGCUUGAAUUCCAGGAGAUGGUUAUGUUCCUUCAACACCUCCCUACUCAGAUCUGGACCCACCAUGAACUGGAGAUGGUCCUUUCCAGAGCCUUCAUGUGGCAUGCAAUGUUCAAUAGCUGUCCAAGUCAUCUUGCCAACUGAACAAGAUAUUAAACUGCUUUGGAUUGGUGAUAAUUGCUUUCAUUAUUGUGGAGUUGUUUAUUGCCUAAAGAUUCUGACUGAAACUCUGUGAAUUCAUUUCAUAUUCAUUUGCUCUUUUUCAUCCAAGUUCUUUUCAUCAGUCAGUUAUAUUUGCAGUAUAGUUUGUGAACGUUGAGAUGAUUACAAAGAUGUACUAAAUGAAUGUGGCUUUUUGUUUUUUUU